AAUCAAAACAUUGAGUCCAUAGCAAGCAAAUUGAAAAGUUGAAAGGACAUAUAGUCGCUGCCACUGGCCCUUAUCCCUUGGACUCUGCGGCAUGCGACCCAAAUCAGCAGGCGGCUCAGCAGUAGAUAGAAGAAGAAGAAAACUGAUCAAUUAUUUAAAUUAAGUUGAAUAUGGCGGACCCAAAAGGAUCGAAGAUGGCUUCGGUGCUCAUCACCAAACCGGCGAACUUAGAAUGUAAAAAUUUGGAAGAAUACCUUAAAUCACGUCCACCGGAAGUACUCGAGAAAUUGUACAACUAUCCGGCCAUCUGCUUAGCUGUUUACAGAGAGCUUCCGGAAAUAGCUCGUCAGUUCGUUAUCCGUAUUCUGUUUGUUGAGCAACCUAUACCGCAGGCUGUGGUGAAAUCUUGGGGUUCGCAGAUUUAUGCCAAGGAAAAUUUGAUAGUGUCACAAGUUCUUACUGAACUUGGUGUCUGGCGGAGUACCGGGCUUACAGGGGGCUUGGAAGGCUGCGAACUAUGUCCGACAUUCAAGAAAAACUUGAAAAUUGCAUUAUUAGGCGGUGGGCGUCCAUGGUCCAUGUCAAACUCCCUUGAUCCAGAUCAAAAAUCAAGAGACAUUGAGUUUCUUGACGCGUAUGCUAUGUCACGUUGGCGUUGUGUACUUCACUAUAUGGUCGGGGCAGGGAGUUCAAAAGGAAUGGAAGGUGAAGGAAUAUCACCAGAUGCUGUACGCAUACUUUUACAUGCAAAUCUUAUGAAACGAGACGAAUCGGAUGGCAGUCCAGCCAUUACGCGACAAGGGUUUCAAUUCCUUCUUUUAGACACCCAAGCACAAGUCUGGCAUUUCAUGCUUCAGUACUUAGAUACUUGCGAAACUCGCGGACUGGACUUAGCCGAGUGUCUAUCCAUGUUGUUUCAGUUGAGUUUCUCCACACUCGGUCGUGAUUAUAGCUCUGAAGGACUAAGUGCUGGAUUACUUACAUUUCUUCAACAUCUGCGAGAAUUCGGUUUGGUCUACCAAAGAAAGCGCAAGGAAGGUCGUUUUUACCCAACACGUUUGGCGCAUGAUAUAACUACUAAAAAUGCCGUAUCAGCAAUACAAGAAGACGGAAGCUCUAGCCAAGAUAAGGGUUACAUAAUAGUAGAAACGAAUUAUCGUGUUUACGCUUACACAGACUCAAAUUUACAAGUCGCUCUACUAGGUUUAUUCACUGAGCUUUUGUAUCGAUUCCCAAAUCUUGUCGUGGGGGUACUGACUCGUGACUCAGUCAGACAGGCAUUCCGAGGAGGAAUCACAGCAGAACAGAUAAUCAGCUAUUUAGAACAGCAUGCUCAUCCAACGAUGCUAGAUGUGGAACAAGCUAUUAACUCAAAAUCCCCACUACCGCCGACGGUGGUUGACCAGAUUAAACUAUGGGAAAACGAGCGAAAUCGUUUUACGUAUAGCGAAGGCGUUGUUUACAAUCAAUUCCUUUCGCAAGGUGAUUUCAACACCCUCCGGGACUACGCACAAUCAAUUGGAGUGAUGAUUUGGCAAAACGAACGCACUCGAACCAUGGUGGUAACCAAAAAUGGCCAUGAUGACGUGAAAAAGUUUUGGAAACGCUAUUCCAAGGGUGGUAGUUAGUGGGAACGUUUUCGGACAUUUGAUUGGAUAAUUUCGUACAUACAUACUGGUUCAAAUAAAUAUGUUCUGGUUCAAAUAAAUAUGUUUAUUUAA